AAGUUGUGCGGUGGCGCCACUUAAAAGCAGUGUCAUCUCUAUUUUGUACCAUUUUUUAAGAAAAAAAAAAAGCAAUAAAAAAAGACAAGAACAUUUUAAACAAAUAGCAAAAAUGAGCAACUCCGUUGAGUUAAGCUCCUAUCGUGACCAGCAUUUUAAAGGUUCCCGCUCAGAACAGGAACGCUCUUUAAAGGAAUCGUGCACUUUAUAUGUUGGAAAUUUGAGUUUCUAUACAACAGAAGAGCAAAUCCACGAGCUCUUUUCCCGUUGCGGUGAUGUACGAUUAAUAGUAAUGGGCCUGGACAAGUACAAGAAGACACCCUGCGGCUUUUGUUUUGUGGAAUACUAUACGAGGAGUGAGGCCGAGUCGGCCAUGCGUUUUGUGAACGGUACCCGCUUAGAUGAUCGCCUUAUACGAGUGGACUGGGACGCCGGCUUCAUAGAGGGCCGUCAAUAUGGCCGGGGAAAAACAGGUGGCCAAGUGCGCGACGAAUAUCGCACAGAUUACGAUGCUGGUCGUGGCGGCUAUGGCAAGCUGCUUUCUCAAAAAAUUGCUCCCAAUACUGACAACCGAUAAACCAUAUUUAUAAGUUAUAAUUUCAUUUAGAUUGUAAAGUAAAGUACUAUUUCCAUUUCCAA